AUGAUACAGUUUGUAAAAUGUUUUCUCCUUUUCAUCCUUUUAUAUUCCUCAGAUAUUAUUAUAUGCCUACAUUAUUCAAACCGUAUACAAAAUCAUUUAUAUAUGUAUCAAACGAACAACAGCACUAAUGAAGAAAACAUAUAUAAUAUGAAAACAUUUAGUAAAUUACCAAUUGUAGAAAAUAUCAGAAACAUAACACAUUCCACAAAUUAUUUUUCUUAUGAACAUUUCAUAAUUUUAGAGAAACCCAAUGAACAUUUUACAAUACACAAUAUAAAAUUAAUGUGCCAAAAAAAAAACCAUAAUCAACCUAAUCAAUUCAAUUUAAAAAUUUUAGCAGUAUUACUUUCUACAUCAUAUAAACAAGAAAAUAUUUCAAAUAUAUUUCAAAAUAUUUGCAAAAAUGGAUUUUCCUGCCUUUUCAAAAUACAGCUAGGUAAAAAUAAAAGCCUUGUUGAUCAUAAUAAAAUUGUACACUUAAAAAGCAUAGACAAUGAUCUAAAAAGAAAUAAAAAUAAUAACAACAGACAUAAAAUUACAUUUUAUUAUAUAUGUGAGGAUUUAAAUUAUUAUAAUCAAAAACAACAAAGUAAUGAAUUCAAAUAUGUUUUUAAUUAUGAACAGCUAGCUUUUUUAAAAUGUGAAAAUUACCUGACUGUUCAGGUUGAAAAUUUAGUGGGUAUUAAUUACAACAAAGAAGUUGACAACCUUAACUCUGAAUAUAUUUCUUUCUAUUGUUCGCAGAGAGUUAUAUGCAAUAUGCAUAUGGAAGAUUUAUAUAAAGAUGAUAAUAAUAAUAAACUUAAAAAUUAUAUUUUUUAUGAAUUGACCUAUAGGUGUGUACCCCCAAAGGUAUGUUCAUUGUGUGGUAACAAUUCAACAUGUAAACUGGAGAAAUUGUAUAAUAAAAAAAAAGAGAUAACCCAUUUUUACAAUAAUUUAGAAUACAAUGAAAGUGGUAUAUUUGAUAGAUUGCUUCUGAAUAAGGAACAGGAGGAAGAGCGCAAUAAAACAAGUUUUAUAACUAACUUAGAAUACAAUGCUAUAAGAUAUUAUUUUGAUGAUAUGAUAACUGUUGGGGGUAAUACAUAUCAUAUAUUGGAAAUAUGUAAAUGUAGUAAAGAUUAUGUGCAAGAGGGUUUAUCUUGUGUUAAAAAGGAGAAAGAUAAAUUUUAUAUAAGAUAUGCAAAUAGAUAA